GUGUGAGUGUGUUUGUUCUCCGUGGGUGUUGUGGUGGUGUUCUGUGCUCUAAUCAACGCGCGCUGAUCUCCUAACCAGCCUGAUGGGGUGUUCGGACCUACAGCUUACACGGUGAAUGAUGAAUUGGUGCUUAUAAGCCAACAUUUCCCCUUAGAUAGCGAGGUGACUUCGAUAUCAAACUCCUCUUAUGAGGGCGGGUGCUUCAGAUUUAUCUGGAAGCGUUAGCAAGCCACGAGAAAUGAUGGUUGGAAAAUGAGGAUCGAAUACCAUAUCUUAGUACACAAUGCCUAAUGACAGUGGUAACAGGAAAUUCUGACGUUAUCCAGAAGCGACAAACUAAGUUUUCUGCUAGUAGAUACAGUUAUCUGCAAGUAGAUACAGUUAUCUGCUAGUUGUCAACGUCCUUUUCUAGUAGGCAGAGACUAACGACAAGAGGAAAAUAAAUAUAUGAAGUUAUCUUUCACAUGUUUAAUAACAAUAACCAGGGGUGAUGUUCUUGGUGUAACUUUUGAUGUCACUUCCCGCAAUAAGUGACUACUGACGACAUAAGGCAACGCUGACGUCACGCUCUGACAACCUAUGACUACAGGCUAGUCUGACGUCACGCUCUGACAACCAAUGACUCUAGGCUAGUCUGACGUCACGCUCUGACAACCAAUGACUACAGGCUAAUUUGACGUCACGCUCUGGCAACCAAUGACUACAGGCUAGUUUGACGUCACGCUCUGACAACCAAUGACUACAGGCUAGUUUGACGUCACGCUCUGACAACCAAUGACUACAGGCUAGUCUGACGUCACGCUCUGACAACCAAUGACUACAGGCUAGUUUGACGUCACGCUCUGGCAACCAAUGACUACAGGCUAGUCUGACGUCACGCUCUGACAACCAAUGACUACAGGCUAGUCUGACGUCACGCUCUGGCAACCAAUGACUACAGGCUAGUCUGACGUCACGCUCUGACAACCAAUGACUACAGGCUAGUCUGACGUCACGCUCUGACAACCAAUGAGCGAACCACAAAUCAAGACAAAGUACAUAAUACAAUUCAAGACUCGCGGACGCCGUGUACACCGCAGGAAUUACUAAAACAAAGGAAGAUAAAUGAGGAUAAUAAUGUUAAUGAAAAGGUGGUGGUGGUGGGGGCGGUGCCGGGCCCGAGUGCUUGUUCGUCGGCCUCCUGUUCUUGCUGCCUGUUGCUUCCUCAUCUCCGUUUUCCUCCUCCUCAGCAGUGUUGUGGUUGUCGACAGAGCGGAACCUGAAAGCCAUGCCAGCCUGUUCGUCAAGGGGGAGCAGGACGGUCAACCACAGAGCCGCCACUCUCAACCACACAACCAAGAUUACCCACAACAGAACCAUCACCUUCCAACGCCUCCUUCAUCGUCCUCUAUGGUGUCACCGCCACCAUCUCGUUCCUCGAGCUUGGCUCUCCCAGUCGCGGGAUCUCUCGUCCCACAGAAUCGUCAUGAACUCCAGGCCUUCAGUGCCCGGGAAAAUGUUGUUGAACACGACUCAGCAAACAACAAUGGUGACAAAUUUGUUGCGCACAAGAGCAGAAUCACUGCAAAGAGCCCGACGGACCUGAACAGCGUACAUUUGAAGAGCCACAGCUAUCACAACAGGGCGAGUACCAACAGCAAAACCAGCGUAAGGGAAAAUAAUAUUUCAGAUUUUGGAAGCGAAGGAAAGAGUGGAUCGUCGCCAGGUAAGAGUUCCUCGCCCAGAAGCGGCUGGCUGGACAUGGUUCAAGGUUUGGUCAGAGGAGAGAGGACUGUCAACCCCGGCAUGUUGCUCGGUGCUGUAGCGGCCCUCAAGACAUUUCGCUCCGCUGGUGAAGCAGAUGACAGCCCUCUGAAGCCCGUGAUGGGCGUAGUUCAGGCAGUGAGGCAAGCAAUGUUUCCUCAGCCACAAGAGAGCGGCCACGGACUGCCAGACUCGCAGGGAUUUCUAAAACCAGAAUUCAAAAGUAAAGAAGUAAAAACAAGCCACAUGAAUGUAACAGGGAACCACACACAGUUAUUAGGCAAACGAAUGGAUUUAAAUGAAUUAAAUGCAAAAGACCAUAGCUUUCAAAACAAAUCCAAAUCGAAUUAUCUAAAUAAUGAUACACAACAAAGCAGUUUUAAUCUAGGUAAUAUCCAAAAAGCAGUAGGAGUCAUAGGGUCCCUUAUGGGAGAAGGAUCUGCAGGAAAACCAGGACGUCAGAGUGUAGUCGGCUCCCUAAUGACCAAUCUUGCUUCUCCUUUGCUCGCCGGGGCCUUCUCAGACAACAAUAACAAGGCAGGCACUAGUUCAAGCCCUCUUCAGUCUCUAGUAAAUGGUUUGGGUCCUGUGCUUCUGAAUGGCAUAAUUCAGCAGGGAUUUGGUAGAGACAAUUCUGCCCCGAGAAACGCAGAUGACAUGGCUAUAUCUAGUCCCUUUCAGGCCUUUAUGUCCAAGAUGGGGCCCUCCCUUCUAGCAGGAGCAGUGCAGCACGGCUUCAGCGCCAUGCAAGGUGGUCAGAGGAGUCAAGGAGGAGACCAGAAUUCAAGUCCAUUGCAAUCAGUUUUGAGCGGCUUAGCGCCGGCUCUCAUUGCUGGACUAACACAAGGGAACAUGAAACAGGGACAGAACUCACGUAGUGAUAAAGUCUCGCAGACUUCUAAUCCGAUGCAGUCCAUUAUUCUUGGAUUAGCGCCGGCGUUGGUAGCGGGAGCGCUCGGGCAAGGAUUUGGCAACGCCAUGACUAAGAGCUCUCCAGAAACAGGUAAAUCAAGUGACUCUAAGCCUCUAAUGAACGGCUUAAGAUCGACAAACCUGCCAGCGACAGUCCAGACGAAGCUUGGCAAAAGAGUAGGUGGCAAGAAAUUCCGUGGGUCACUUCACGAAGUGACCCACGUGAGAGAUGCUGAGAGGGUCGCUUCUGGAGACGCCAGGAAGCGAAGUGGAAGAGCCCUGCAAGUGGACAACAGCGAGACGAAGAGAAAGCUACGAGAGCUCAAUCCAAGGACCGAAGAUGACGACCACGCUGGAGAGACCUUCCACGACAAUUCUGAAGAGAUCUUCCACGACAACAUCAGAGUGAGGAACGGCGCCCAAGCCAACGCUACAGAGGUCGACAGAAACAACGAGAAUGAGGAGAAAACCGGAGGCGAUCUAGUGCGUGUGCUGGCGAAGGCGGUGGUGGGGAACUUGGUGCCGGAGGAGCUCCAGGUGCCAGAGCCCAACUCCACCCGCGGCGUCUGGAACAUGGCCGUCAACCUCGCCUUCGGCAACCCCAAAGAUGAUAAGGGGAGGAAAAGUGAAUUCUGGAAAUGGCUGCGGGAAUACGGUGGGGGUGCAGGUGGGGCGCCCACACCUCCACAGUGGAUCACAGAUGCAUUACACAACCCACAGCGAGCCGCCCACGCUAUCGAGAUGGGCCGAGUAUUCGAGAUGAUGGAGGUUCCCCAGCCCGUGUGUACCAAUGUGAAGAGCGUCGGUGGUGUCUUCAACUGGAAAACGAAUGUUCUGGACGGAGCCAGAGCUGUGUGCAUGGACGCCGACGUCUCACCCCAGCGGGAGGGCUGCGUCGUCUACUCCUUUGGGAUACGAGGAAAGUUGAACUUCGAGGAGGACAUGGAGAGAAUGGGCUGUAAGGUAUGGGUGUUCGAUCCCUCGACACACAGAGGAAGUGAGAAUCCCAGACUCCACUUUCAUAGUGUGGGUCUCGCUCCUGUCAACACCACCAGACUCGUCGAUGGCAAGGAGUGGAACCUCUUACCCUUCUCGUCUGUGGUGGAACAGAUGGGUCACCUGACCACUACCAUUGACUACCUCAAGAUGGAUAUCCAGGGAGAUGAAUGGCAGGUCCUACAGGAGGUGAUGAGAAGCAACAGACACGCCCUCACCAAUGUGAAACAGCUUGGGCUCGAGGCGCAUCUGGAGGGCGCCCUCCGUGAUCCAGCGCUCUACAAGGUCUACCUCGACACCUUCCUGGGACUCGAAAGCUUUGGGUUUCAACUCUUCUACUCGAACGAGAAUGAGAGAGAUGAGAGGCGUUACGAGGACCCGCUGCUCAAGAGGCGAGUCAGUCCCACCUAUGACUUGGCAUUCUUAAGGAUCUAGCGCUCUCUCUCUCUCUCUCUCCUCUCUCUCUCUCUCUCUCUCCUCUCUCUCUCUCUCUCUCUCU